GUUUUGCUAUCUAUAGAGGAAAGAUAUUUCUCUGUACGAACAACAAUGCUAUUUACAUCUUAAAAAAAGGCCAUAGGACGUUAUCACAACGCUUUGAAAAAAUCCUUCUCUUUCCAAUUUGCAAACAUACAAAACGUCAUGUAUCGCUAUCAUAAGCUAAAAGUCUUAUCCUAGCUUAUCACGAACAGUUCAUAUUAUAGCAUUGGUACCAGAGCGGAAAGAAAGGGCAUCCGCUCGCGUUAGCGUGGAAGCUAAAGACUCGGAGAGUUACUCGAAAAGAAACCUUCUACAAAGUGUUUUCAUUUUUGAUACCUAAAAUUGACUAUCUUCUUUGCUCUCAAAGCUGUUUGUUUUCUCAAUGGACAAGUUGGUCUUAAUGGUUGAAGUCUGGAUGACUUUGGUGAUCAUUUUUGGCAGUGAAAAAGUAUCAGGUACUGACUGGUUUAUUUCAGAAGAGAUUUUUCACAUUUGAUGAAUUAUAAGCUCAAUCUUGAUCUGACUCUCAAUGACAGCUUAAUUUCGUUAUUCUGGAAUAUCGUCUUGAAUAAUUGACUGAUUGAUUUUAAGCCAUUUUGCAUUUUUGAUAAUGAAGGACGGGAAAUAGAAGAUCAAGCGUGAUUAUUAGGAAGACUGUUGAAAGGCAAAGAAAAAGUGUUCACGUGAUUCAUGAGAAUGUUUAUAACAAUCACUGCGACCGUUUUACAGGGCUUUAAAAAGGAGACGUAUUCUUGUUCAUUUCCUGAUAUUUAUGCGAUCAGUUCUGUCUAUUGCUUUGUGUACUGAAGCCUUUUGUAUAAUCCGCGUCACUUGAAAAUAUUAUCAGCAGACUGUUAACUAGCCUGUUCUAUACUCGUUCAGAUAGUGGGGAGCGAGGUAAUCGUAUCUGGGAAGCGGAAAACGAAAACGAGGAAAAACCCGAGGUCCACUAGCCUGAAUUUCAUCCGAUUACUUCGAGUCGUUAUUACUCCUUGGGUAACGACGUUACUUAGGGAGCAAUAAAGACUCGAAGUAAUCGGAUGAAAUUAAGGCUAGAGCUCCACUCGUUUUUUGUUUCAACCUCAAUCAAUUUUUACCCCGCGCUCUACUAUCUGAAAGCCUGGGACCUGCUUACUGUUAUUCAGCGCGACGUCUCAGUACAGUGUGAAUGAUCAAACUAAUUUUCGCGCCUCGUUGGCAGUGGAGGUAAAGCAGAGGUUCUUAGCUUCUUACUGUUUGUGUCUUGGAGAAAUGGAGAAAUGGAGAAAUGGUGGGAGACUGAAAACAGUAUAUAUAUAUGCGUCAAGUCUUAAUUAGAUCUAUAUAUUCCAUCGAAGGCUCCGUGCGCAUGCCUUUGGCUCGUUCUGCCUCCGCUGCGGAUUGCUUAGUCUAUAAUUUAGCCGCUUGUUUCAUCUCGUUUAGUUCGUUGGUGGAUGGAAACGAGCCAAACGAACAGUAGGUGGUUAAUUGUAGCUUGGUAUACUGUAGUUUAUCAGAGUCGCUACAGUGCACAAAACCACAAGCCAAAUUUGUCUGAGCUGCGGGUAGAAAUUCUAAUUGUAGUUAUAGGAUCAGAGGUAUAAACCAGCCGGAAAGAGUACCUUUAUACGUUUAAAUUAGGAAAGUCAUGUAAUUUAAAACAAAAUGUGAUGCACAGAAGCGGAGAUUUGGCUUAAACUAACGGUCAAUUUGAAUAUUUCUACUGUCUAUACUGUGUUUGCCAUUACUAUUCGAUGAUACAAACGUGUUUGGCGAGAGAUCUGUUAUAGAGUAAAUCUUGAUUAAGUUUAAGGCGCCAAAUUUCAUCUUGAUCGCCGCUAUUGCCAUUGUGUGAACUAGGUUAUUUUUUGUCGAUUGAGCAAAAUUAGAGUGCUCUGAGGGACAAACUCGGACAAAACUGUCAAGACAGUUCCGUCUAUUCUAUAACUUUUGCGCCAAACUACCAUCUCCUCUAAACAGAAAAAGUAAGACCCCUCUCCACCCCCUUUUCAAAGUUGUUUUGGUCUAAAAACCAACGUGUAUAAUUCGAUUCUCGUGUUACCCUAAACAAUAUUGGAUAAGGUGAGGGGGGAACACUGGCAUUUAGUUGACGACGGUUUCCAUUUUUCGCCAGGACUACAGGAAAAAAUAGGUACAUUUGCCAUGUGCCUUAAAAGGUUUUGACCAAGGUUGGAUCUAAGUUAGAAAAACUGUAAAGAAAUUAUGCCGCUGAACUUCAGUGUAUUAUUAUGUUGGUUUUUUGUCUGAAUGGACAGUUUAAGGAAAAUUAAGAGAGAUGUGUUAUGUUAUAAAGAAAUUUGACAUCGCUCUAAAUUUUGUAAUUUCUCCUGCCCAGUGCAAUCAUAAAUUAAGCUGACAUUGCUCUCACUAAGCUUGAAAAGGUCAGGAACAUGGAUUUACUAAAUUUCUUUUUUAGCAGAUGCUGAAGCAUGUUGGAUUUCCUACGAGAAGAUUGGAUGUUUUGAAGAUCACGGCAGACGACCAUUUCCACAGUUAUUGCUAAACAAAAGAAAAAUUAUCAACUGGCAAAACUGGAACGAGUUCCUUGAAACGUGAGUGCAUUAAUAAGUCAUUUCUAUAAUUAAAGGUACCUAUAAUCUCAGUCCGAGAACAAUAGUUACGAUUGUAAUACAGUUGUUAAACCACAUUUCAUGGAAAAAUAAACUCAACCAGUAGCCGAGCUGAGCCGAUUAAUGAAUACGAUAACUCCAUGCUUUCCGCCAUUGCUGAUGUCAAAGAUUUCUUCAGAACGGGUCAAAGUAUAUGUAAAUCGGAGCAUGAGCAUAGCUGUGCUCUGAUUGGUUGUUACCAAUAGGGCGUGACAAAGUUUCGGCGAACAUUAUUUCUAUAAAUAACUUAAAACGAGAAAGGGUUGACUCCCAGAGCUUGUAUGGGAGAUGGAGGCUCCUAUGAAUCGGCUCUUGACUCAACGCGGCCACAAAUGACGUCACCUUCGGGACGAACCCCUUUCACACUGGGGCGAGUCCUCUCACCGCUUUGAACAAAUCCGUUUUUGAUUCGUUCCGCUCGCAGGUUGGUGUGCGAGUGCGCUAACGUAACUGCUGCCGCUGGCUACACAUAUUUUGGUAUUCAGUUCUUUGGCGAGUGUUGGACAGGAGAGAACCCAGAUGUGGCAUACGAUUCUGGUGGAAAAUCAAAUUCUUGUUUUGGUCAAAAUUUUCUCCCAUGCGAUGCGUCCUUCUCAAGCUGUGCAGGAGAAGAAAACGUGAACUACGUUUAUAGGAUUAAUCUGGGCCAGUCCUCUCCAGGUAAAUUAAUAACCAUGUAUAAACGUAAAAGCAAGUGUUCAUUGAUUUUUGUACGGAGUUUGUUUCACGCCUUUGUUUUAAUGAAGUGAUUUUUAAGGACGGUCGUUACUACGUAAAGGUCAUUAUCACCUGCAAAUUGUUUGAUUUUUAAGUAAAUAUAUUGUCUUCAUUAGCAUAUAGAAAAAUGAACAAAGAUUAUUGCAGAAAAUAUAAAUGCUGAUAUUAUGGUCUAUAUUAUGGUCAACUAGCCUUUAUGCUCCUUUCUAAGCCAUGUAGGAAGGUCAGUUAAAAUCAAUAAAGUUAAUAGGACUAUAAGUGGAGUCCAAUUCGGUCUGUAAUCAUACGUCAGUGAUUACAUGUAAUCGUAAGGGCGACCGUAUAGCAGGAAUCCGGUAUGGAUUGGACUACAAGAAGUCUCCUUAGAAUCGAAACGAGGUUAAGUGCUCAGCCUUUGAUAUAUACGGAAAUGAUAUUUCAUUCUCAUGCAAAUAAAACUCAAUUCCACAAGAAAGGUUGUGCACUUGGCCUCAUUUUGAAAGUGAGGGAUACUUAGUCAUCGUUAUAACAAAAUUCAUUGAUAUUUUUUACCUUUUUUGCAAAAGUAAACACAAGAAAUUCCCAGAGAUUUUUGCUAGUAGUGAAAAACAAAAACAAAAACAAACAAACAACAACAACAACAACAACAACAAAACAAAAAACAUUCAAGUGCGAGCGAUGGGACUGUCCAAUUACUUGGGUAUGACCCGUACUGCCCUAUUAGUGCUAAAAUCAGGACAGUUGAGGGCCGCAGUCAGAUUUUACAAUUUUAUUAUUGUUAUGAUUAAGGAAAAAAACAGCUCAAACGCGAAUUAAAUAGAUUAACUACAUCCUCUUCUUUUCUCUUUAGCUUGUGAAGACAUGGAUCCCGGCAAAUGUCAAGGGUUUCGACUCUUUUGCAACGUUUACCCGAACAUCAAAUCACAAUGUCCUUUGACUUGUAAUUCGUGUUAA